AGCACCGCCUCCAGCCGGCGGCGCGGCUCCCGCGGCCCCAUGGCUGCCGCGGCGGGCCGGCGUGUGACCCCCGGCGGCUCCCGUCGCACACGACAUGGCGCCGCCCAUGGCGCGGUGCCCCCGCCCUCCGCCGCCGCACCGCACCAGGCAGCCGGGCCGGGGCGGCGCGGGGCCAUGGGCGCCGCGGGAGGCGGCGCCGGGCGGCAGGGCAGCGCGGCGGGGUAGGGCGGGCGAGCGAGGCGCGGGGCGGCGCGGCGGAGCUCGCAGGACCAUGGCGACGGCGGCGCCGGCGCGCGGGCGGGCGCGGCGAGGGGCGCCCAUGUACUCGCAGAAAGAGCUCACAUCAAAGAAAAGAGAUGAGUUUGAGGACAUCUUGGAGGAAAGACGGUUGUCCAGUGACCUGAGAUAUGCGAUGAAAUGUUACACCCCGGUGAUCUACAAGGGACUUUCACCUUGCAAGCCAAACGCCAUCAAAACUGCUGUUCUCCAGUCAGAGCAAGUUCAGUAUGUCAUCAAGCAGUUAGCAAAAGAAAUGGGAGAAUCACCUGAUAUUAUUCAAGAAGAAGCCACGGAAAUCCUGGAUGAGAUGGGCCACCGUAUGCAACUAGGGACUGUCAGAUUUUUUGCCUUCACUCUGAGCAAAAUAUUUAAACAGCUUUUCCAGAGAGUUUGUGUGAAUGAAGAAGGAAUGCAGAGAUUGCAACACGCCAUUCAGGAGCAUCCCGUGGUGCUGCUGCCCAGCCACCGAAGCUACAUAGACUUUUUGAUGCUGUCUUAUUUGCUGUACACGUAUGACUUGGCCUUGCCUGUCAUUGCUGCAGGAAUAGAUUUCUUAGGAAUGAAAAUAGUUGGUGAGCUGCUACGAAGGGCAGGUGCCUUUUUUAUGCGACGUUCCUUCGGUGGGAACAGACUCUACUGGGCAGUGUUUGCUGAAUAUGUAAAAACAAUGUUAAGGAGUGGCUAUGCCCCAAUUGAAUUUUUCCUUGAGGGGACUAGAAGCCGCACCGCCAAGACCCUGACUCCAAAAUUUGGUCUCCUCAGCAUUGUGAUGGAACCCUUUUUCAAACGUGAAGUCUUUGACACAUACCUCGUUCCCAUCAGUAUCAGCUAUGAGAGGAUAUUAGAAGAAUCUCUCUAUGCUUAUGAACUCCUAGGAGUUCCAAAGCCCAAAGAAUCUACAUCUGGGUUGUUAAAAGCCAGGAGAAUCCUCAGUGAGAAUUUUGGUACCAUACAUAUCUACGUUGGCCAGCCAGUAUCCCUUAGAACCUUGGCAUCGGGGAGGAUCAAUCGGUGCCCAUACAAUUUGGUUCCCAGGCAUCUUCCCCAGAAGCCAUCUGAGGAUAUCCAAGAAUUUGUCAGUGAUGUAGCUUAUAAAAUGGAGCUCCUGCAAAUUGAAAACAUGGUUUUGAGCCCGUGGGUGCUGGUUGCUGCUGUUCUGCUCCAGAAUCUGCCAGCCAUGGAAUUUGAACUUCUAGUAGAAAAGACUCUGUGGCUUAAAGGCUUAACACAGACUUUUGGAGGAUUCCUUGAAUGGCCUGAUAACCUGUGUGCCAAAAAGGCAGUCCUGUCUGGCCUCACCCUGCAUUCCAACAUCGCUCGCCUUGUUGAUGGCCACGUGGUGCUGAGUGCCAAGGGAGCGGACGCGGGGGCCGUGGGGGAGGUCGUCUUCAGGCACGCGCUGGCCGUGCUGAUGUGCGCCACGUACAGGAACCAGCUGCUCAACGUCUGCGUGCGCCCGGGCCUGGUGGCAGUGGCCUUGCAGAUGGCACCCAGCUUCAGAAAAGAGGAAGUCUAUAGCUGCUUCAGCUUCUUGAGAGAUGUUUUUUCUGAUGAGUUCAUCUUCUUUCCUGGCAUUUCAUUGAAGGAUUUUGAGGAAGGAUGUUUUCUACUCACAAAAUGUGAUGCUAUUCAAAUGAGUCAACAGGAGAUUUACCCUACUGACAAAGGAAAUGGUACAGUGUCUUUCUUGUCAGCUAUGUUCAGACCUUUUGUGGAAGGUUAUCAGUUAAUUUUCAGAUACCUCUCAAAGGAAAUGAAAGAAGCAUUUACUGAGAAGCAGUUUAUACCCGGAGUCCGCAACUUUGUUUUUCAACUUCUCGAGAAGGGGAGUACACAAUGUUAUGAAGCGCUGUCUUCUGACAUGCAGAAAAAUGCCUUAUCAGCUCUUGUGCAACUGGGUGCAGUGAAGAAGAAGAAAACGCCCAAUGGAUUCACUUACAAUGUAAAUCAAGAGGCUGUUAGUAAAAUCCUGGACAUGUUUGAUGCUCGGAUACCUGUACAGAAACCUGUGGCUGCACGACUCUGAAUGGUCCCUGAUGCUGUGAGUGGAUGCAAGCUCCUGCUGGGAACAUGGACCACUGCCCCGCUGGAGCAGGGAUAGGAACAGAUGAGGUUCCCCUCUUGCCCAGCCAGCCUGCAAGCAUGGGAGGCACAGAAGUGUUUCUUCAGCUGGACAGCUCUCCAUUACCACUUAGGAAUUGCUGCUGAGGGGCUUAGAGGUGUAUGUACAUCCUCACCGUGUUUUGUUUUUUAAAACAAAUUAAACAUUGUCUCUUUUUUAAAAUAAAUAUUUAAAGCUAUGUGCACAGCAAUGGCUAUCUAAAUCCAUUUUUCUAGACUUGUAACAAGGAAUGUGAUUUGGUUUCCAGUAUUUCAUGGAUGUGAGAAUGUAACAGGGUAUUAAAAGACUUGCUAUUAAAAUUAAUAUUUAGGAAAAAAAGUUACUGGCUGGCUAAAUGCAAGGCAAGACCCUCAUGAAUGAAGAGCACAAAUCAAACCUUGGCAAUAACCAGAACUGAUAACUGUGUUGGGUUUUGUGUUUGGACUGGUUUUGGUGGGUUUUUUGGUUUUGUUUUCUUUUUAAAGGCAGCUUGGCAUUAUUUUAAUUACUUAAUGAAUGUUAUAUUUAAACAUUGAAUUAAAGCACCGUCGAUAAUG